GCGCCGGCGCGUCUAUCUCGCCCGCGGGCUGCUGCGAUCGCCCAUGCGCCGACGCCACCAGCACGCAGCACCCCACACGCAGCACGCCGUCUCCCACACUGACACCUGCCUGAAGCUUGGAGAUGCGCGCCCGUCCACGUCUGCCAGUGCGCGACAAUGCUGCCCAAGAAGUGCUCCAUCCUCCUGCCCUCGUACACUAACCUCAGUCCCCUCUACUACUCCCACGCCGGGAGCUGCGCAGGGCCCCAGCCGGGCCAGUCAUGCCGUCAUAGACUCGCACGUCCUGAGGCCGCACCACAACGGCGCUCCUACGCCCAACACCAGGACGCGCCCGCCUACCGCGACGACGCAGAGCUGCUCAGGUGGCCAGACGCCGUAAAGCCGCACAAGACGCCCACGCCCUACCAGAUCCUCAGGUGCCGCAAGGGCGAUGCCUACUCCAAGCACCGCUUCUAUGCCCUCGUCAAGCUCUACCACCCCGACCGCUGCCAUGCCGAGGCUGCCAUCGCCCAGCUGCCCCUCCACGUGCGUCUCGAGCGCUAUCGCAUGCUAGUCGCCGCCCACGACAUCCUCUCUGAUGUCCAGAAACGCAAAGCGUAUGAUGCCUGGGGCCACGGCUGGGCCGGUCACCACCAGAUGCCCAUGGCCCCCCGUCAUAACGACUGGCACUAUGAUCCACAUCGCUGGAAUACGGAUCCGCGUACCAAUGCGACGUGGGAGGACUGGGAGCGCUGGCACUACGAGAACGGCGGCGGCGCCAAGGACUCGGACGCCCGCGCGAUUCAGAUGUCCAACUUUACCUUCAUGGCCCUCAUCUUUGCCUUUGUAAGCAUAGGCGGCGUCGUGCAGGGCACCAGGUUCAACACCUUUAACAACUCGGUCAUAGAGCGGCGCGACCAAAUCCACCGCGAGGCGAGUAUGGAGUACAGCCGGAGCAGGAAUGCUACGCUGAGCGCAAGUGGAGAUCGCGACGAGCGCAUACGCACCUUCCUUAAUCACAGGGAGUCGACUAUAGUCGGCGAGCAAUCCUACCAGCGCUUACUCCCGCCCGCCGACACCUGCUCGCCAGAUGAGAUCAGGAGGCAGUAAAAUGAGCACAUUAUGGUGCCUGAUAGAUUCGCUAUACCCUCCAGCACAUUUUGGUGCUAUAUCGUACGACUGCUAUUACUUUUUGCGGCAUGAAUGGAGCUAGGGCGUUCGGUUCCUGUAUUUAUCAUUCGGCAGGCGGCAUAUAUGUGCGCGGCGGGCAUAUCCUAGCCCUCAUGCGCUCAGACACCACACAAAUUCAACGACAAUCACCAACAGCAACCCCCCCGCCGUGUACUUGAUCGUGAACUGGUUUUUCUUCUUCUAGCACCCUGGCUGGCGAUCGCAGUAUGACGGCGGCGUAGAAUAUCGACACUGGCAAUAUAUCGAAGAUGAUCUACGCCAGAAGCAGCAUGGCUUCCGCGCUACCGCUUACACCCAGGGUAGCAGAGCCUCAAACACUGCUGCAACUGUGUCACGCGGGUCUAGUCCCCUAGACGAUGUUCCAGCUUGGCAAUAAGCG